CAGUCAGUAUGAGUGUUACUGGACGGUUGCGAACGAUGAGAUGUGAACUAGGCUAUCUUCGUCGAGCAGAUGGAUCUUGUUCUUACUCGCAAGGGAAGACCUCUGUAUGGGCUAGUUGUUCGGGACCUGGCGAUAUUCAUGUUGCGCGGAGAGAGGACGACCAGAUGCAUUUGGAUAUCAGCUUUCGACAGUUGCAUGGAGACUGCCAAUAUCAUUACCUAAAUAACAUCAUUCAAGCUGCUUUGGAAACUGUUUUAGACUUGGAGAUGUUUCCGCGGACUGGACUGACGGUAACGGCCCAUCUUUUACAAGCAGAUGGUAGCAUCGGCGCCACGGCAUUGACUGCAAUCGGGCUGGCGGUGUUGGACAAUGGAAUUGUCAUUCGAGCUCCAUUCUGUGGGGUAGAAGUUUGCGAAGUUGAUGGUAAAUUAGUUUUGGAUGCAGAUGCGAGAACAGAGUCGAAAGCGACAGCUCAUUGGCUUUUUGUGUUCACGAGAACAGCGGAAGGAGACGCCGAAAUGAUUGCGUCGGAUUCAGUUGGACCAUUCAAAAUGGCCACAUUCGUUAACGCCCUCAGCCUAGCCCGAGAAGGAGCGAAGCAAAUCUUUACCUUUUAUAAGGAGAUGAUCGAGCGGAAGCAUAGUGUUGAUGUCCUGCCAUAAUUAUGUGGUAUUUCUUGUUGUUGUUGUU